CCAAAGGCUAAAUCCCGGGGCAGGCUCCGGACACAGCACCAGACACUUCCCGGGCGGGCGGGGAUCAGCGAGCUGCCAUUAUUACCGGAAGUGAAGCGCUGACAGGGACCGGAAGCAGCUGAUGACCUCUGACCCACCAGUGAAAACAAGAGCGGAGCUGGACGGGACCGCGGAAGAACACCGGGUGAGGGCGCUGCAGAGGCUGCACAACGGCCCGUCCCGGCAUGCUCGUAACCAGGUCUGGCAGGUCGAUAUCAAUAUUAGAGAAGAAUAAUGCCUAUCCGUGGACUGUGGAUCUUCUAUCACCGGCCAGGGGGACGAGGAGAAGUAAAGUUCUCAAGACAUUACCCUACAGUGGAGAAACGAGCCAAGGCCUUCAACAGGGCAAGCUAUGUGAACGUCCCGGAAGAUGUAGACCUCUUAAAAGCAUUGCUCCAUGAACUUGGACUGACAAACGAGGAGAAAAACUUUGUGGAAUACAGAGAUAACUGCGCCAGGAUCAGUAAAACAAAUGUAUACUCCCUGGUGGUUUCUGAAGGAAACCUCUGGCCUGUCCUGGCCAUUCAGAGUGGUGACUUUAUCUACGUAUGUCUUCCUCUGGUGGAGCAGCUACUGACGCCUGUCCCACCACUUAUUAAUGUUAGUAGUAUCUCUGAAGCAUUUUCCCUUUUAUCUGGAAUUAUGCAGUUUGUGAAUUCUGGACACAACGCGGAGGCGGAUGUUUCCUCUAGGCUCACCCAGCUUCCACUUCUGGUGACACAGGCCUGUCCGCUAGGCUCUCCACUGGACACUGACUUUUUUGCAUUGCCUGAUAAUCUAAGCAACGCAUCUGCAAACCAGUCUUAUAAAUCUCCGGCGUGGAAGACCACCAAACAAAAAGGCAAAGCUCAAAUUGAAGUUUAUAUCACAGAAAAAGUGGAUUCCACACAGUAUGACAAAGGGGAUGAUAGUGACACGUGGCAGGUGCAUGGGACAGUGUCCUGCAAGUGUAAUUUGGAAACAAUCAGCCCAAAUGUAAUAGUCGGCUUGAAUCUUCCUGCCAAUGGCUCCCCCCUUCAGGAUAUCCUGGUCCAUCCCUGUGUGACUUCCAUUGACUCUUCCAUGCUGAUCUCAAGCAGCGUGGCUGCGACAGACGACUCUGCUUUCAACGGGCCGUACAAAUUUCCAUUCAUUCCGCCCUUUGAUUUGUUCCAAUUGUGUUACUACACAUCCCAGGUACCUGUGCCUCCCAUAUUAGGUUUUUACCAGUUGACAGAUGAUGGACAUCAGGUACAGAUAUCGGUUAAACUAAAGCUUCACGAGAGCAUAAAGAAUGGGUUUGAUUACUGUGAAGCACAAAUACCCUUUUUCAACAAAGGCCAGAUAAAGCAUUUUGAAUAUAAAGUAAGCCACGGGCAUCUUGAAUUAUCAAGAGAGAAGAGUCUUGUAGUUUGGGUGAUAGGCCAGAAGUUUCCCAAAUCCUUAGAGAUUUCCUUGUCAGGAACUGUGACUUUUCUCUCGGAGAAACACCUGAACGACCCAGUGGAUCCCAUUUGUGUUGGAAACACUGCUUAUGUCAAAGUAAGUUAAGGAAUGAGGUGUUUAUUUUAACGAGGUUAUCUAAGACUUUAAACUUUGUCUCCUAUCCUUAGGAUAACCUAUCAAUAUGAAAUCAGUGCGAGUAUGACUCCUGGCAUUCCUGCCGUUUCCUUGAUGUUUAAAGAGGCUGCAUCAUACCAGAGAGAACCACCUCCAUAUUUAUGGUUUACCAGGUACAGCUUUGUACGCCUAGUAGUGGCCAUGCCUGGUAUUGUAAUACCAGGCUCUGCCACUAGUAAAAGUAUGGAGCUGUGCCUAGUAAACAAUGGCAGAGCCAGGGUGUUUCCUACACAAGUUCAUGUAUUGUAUACAUCCGAAUGUUUGCGUGGUGCUAAAACUCUUGUUGU